UCCUUUCAUAUAGCACGACUUGCUGAAGCCUGUCAAGUGAUUUGAGAACGGCUGAAACUAUUCGGUCAAAACAUUAAUGAGCUCUGUCGGACAAAAACAUGGUUGUUUAACUGGGUUACAAACUUGUACGAACUUAGCUGCGAAGUGAAACUCUGAGCGGAGGGGAGUGAAACGACAAAUGACGCCGCUCUGAAAUGAAAUGAAAGGGGAAGUGAAACUUACUGGUUGGACAUAAAUCAAGAGGAGCCGAGGAAUAAACAGAAAGCAAACUUUAAAGUCGCUGAAUAAGUGAAGUAACCUGCUACAUCUCCUGGCACUCAGCAACAUGACAUCAACAGACAACAACCUUUACUUCAUCGUAACAGAAAAGCCAGAAUAUUUUAGACACAUCAGUUCUGGCAGCAUAUGUUACAUCCGUGAAUCCACCUACAGAAGACACAGCCCUGCUUCAAAGUUGCCAGUCAUCCCCUUGGGCUCACAUAAUGUAUUAGAUUAUACGAUAAACUUGAGUUGCAUGAAGCAGCUGAGUGCAGAGGAAGCCAAGCUGCUGAUAGCCCUGCCUGAGGACGCAGACAGGCUGAAGUGGUUCAAAGAGGGAACUGCUCUCCGAACAGCACUAGGACUCACUAUCGGCACUUUAGUUACCGUAGAGGAAAGAGGACAGGAGUUGAGAGGCACCAUCCGCUACAUUGGAAGCCUGACAAAACCAUCUGCUUCAAAUCCUGCACCGGGAACAUUCUUUGGGAUUGAGCUGCAGGGAGCAGACAGGGGCAAGGGGAAUACCGAUGGGAUGUACAAGUAUGAAUUCCUCUUCACCUGUUCAGAAGAUUGUGGCAUUUUUGCCCCAUUCUCCACAGUCAGGCCUUUGGUUCCCAGUUCCUUGUCACCCUCUCCACAGCUACAAGGAGAGGAGCUGUGCUUAGGGGACAGUGUCACUUACUUCACCAGUGAUAAAUGUUGCCAUGGAUUGGUGGUGGGUGCGCAGGAAAAGGACGGAAAACGUUUUGUUCAGAUCUUAACAGACACAGAUGAGCACGUAAACACAGGAGGGGAAGUUAUGGUUCCACUAGAGUGUGUCGCGAAGGGAGUGGUACCUGCAGAGCCGGAGAGCAUGAACUUUGAUACACCGCCAGUGGAACACAGUGAAGAUCUGUACAUGGGUCUGAGUCUGAACUCUGUGGUAGAGGUGACCUUGGCUGCAGGCAAUUCGUAUGGAAUCAUCCGCUGGAUCGGCACUUUGACUGAUCAAGGGAACAUCAUGGCUGGACUAGAGCUGGAUGAAGAAAGGGGAGUGAGUGAUGGGACCUUUAAAAAUGUGCGUUACUUUAGCUGUCCUCCAAAGAGAGCUCUGUUUGUGAAGCUGAGCUCCUGCCGCCCCGACUCACGCUUUCAGAGCAUAUCAGCCAAUCACAAUGAGAAGAUGCCAGAAGAGGAAGACACAGAGAGAGAGACUGAGCACGGUGCAGGGAAGCUGGAGACUGUUCCUCCCAUCAGCACUGAGCAGGUGAAGCAGAUUCUGACUGGACGGAUGAAGGGGAUCCAAGGCCACUGCAACUCUUGCUACAUGGAUGCUGCCCUCUUCAGUUUGUUUUCCUGCUCCUCUGUGCUGGACUCUAUGCUGUUUAAAUCAACAGCACCUCAAGAUGCCCCCAUCCAGAGAACACUGCUUCAUGACAUUGUCAACCCCCUCCGCAGUAAAGGCUUUGUGGAAGGUCGGCACAUCAUGAAGCUCCGGCAGCAGCUGCAGAAACACGGUUACAGUCGCUCCUUCACCACGGAGGAGAAGGACCCAGAGGAGUUCCUUAUUGUCAUCAUGCAGCAUAUUCUCGCCCUGGACCCUCUACUCAAACUUUCAGCUGGUGGCAAAGUGCAGGAGAGCUACUGCUAUCAGAUCUUCCUUGACCAGAACCACAGCCUGGUGCUGCCUACAGUCCAGCAGCUGCUAGAACAUUCCUUCCACAGUGCAGGACUCAAACUGGCAGAGGUGCCCUCCUGCCUCAUCCUCCAGAUGCCUCGCUUUGGAAAGAAAUUCAAGAUGUUUGAAAAAAUCAUUCCCUCUCUGGAGCUGGACAUCACUGACCUCCUCUCUGAAGGUCCUCAGCAGUGCGUACUCUGUGGAGGCCUGGCUGAGAAACAGUGCACCGACUGUUUUAAAGAUCCCGUGUUCAGCCAGACGGGAUUCAAAGUCUUCUGUAAGACAUGCUUAUCUCAGGUGCACUCUCAUCCGCAGCGUCAGUCCCAUCAGCCAACUGCUCUGGACAUCCCCAAAGGUUACCUGGGUCGCAGCACACCUCACACCCUGAGCAGAGACAAACUGGAGCUGUUCGCUGUGCUCUGCAUCGAGACGAGCCACUACGUGUCCUUCAUCAAACACGGACCAAAGAGUGAGGACUGGAUCUUCUUUGACAGCAUGGCGGACAGACAAGGAGAAAGAGAUGGCUUCAACAUCCCUGAGGUACAUGCCUGCCCCGAGGUCGGCAUGUACCUGGAAAUGUCUCCCGCCGAGCUGGCCAGUCAGGUGCCUCGAGACAUGAAGGGUGUGGCCAAGCGCCUCUUCUGCGAUGCCUACAUGUAUCUGUAUCAGAGCACCAGCAUGUGUCUCUAUCGCUGAGGGGGCACUUCACCACGCUGGAAACCCCCCUCAGCUUACUCAUUGUCCUUUCAGCAAUAUCCUUUCACUUGAUUGGUUUGUUUUUCUUUUAUGAAUGUGUGGAAGUGCACACAUCAACAAUUAAAACGUGGAGAUUUAUAUAAUUUUCUGUGUCGGUUCCGGGAAGGUUGAUCAGGCUUGCAUAAUUCAGAAGAAUAUUGUUUUUUUUCACUUGUUUAGUAUUGUAGGAAGAAAAAGUACAACAACAUAGCUUAGGUAAUUUUGCACUAUAAUCUAGAGACAAGACAAUUGACAGUCACAGACAUGCAGGAUGUGUUGGCAGAGAUAAAAAAUGUUUUCUGUUAGUGUUUGAUAAUUGUCUUUAAACUUUUUAUUUACAAUUUUUAUAAUAAGAGUGAAUAAUUAUUUCAGACAAAAAAAAAUCCACCAAAGAAGCAGCGCGGUAAUGACUUUAGUGUGGCAUCUAAUGAAUGCCACUGCACAGAACUACUGUAAAUAUAAUUGUUGUUAAUUUGCUAAAUAAGCUCAGUAUUGUAGCUUAAUGUUUUCUGACUAAACUAGACUUUAGGACGGUGACUGGAUCAGUUACUUUAUAUAUGUCAGCAAAAUUUGUUUCUGUUCUCUGGAAUUUCGAAUAUUUGAUAUUUGAGUUUCACCUCAGGAAGUGAUUUGUUGCUCUUGGAUAUGAAAAUGCUGUUUUGAAUUUAUCAGCAUCCUGACUGAUGUUUUUGGGACUAAAUGUAUGCAAUAUUAUUCAAAGUUGGAAAAAUUGCACUCGAAUAGCUACUUAGGGCCGAGCCUUUUUCAUAUAUAUUGUAUAUUAAUUGCAACUGGUUCAGGUGAAUAAAUACAAAUGAUUAAAGCAA